CAUCAACCGGACAACAAAGAGACGCACAGGGGGGCUCACUGCAGCCAGGAUAGGAUCACACGUUACCACCAUCCAGUGUCAGCGACCAGCCCACUGAACUCUUUUUCUUCAUAUCUGUUGGGAAAUCAAACAUCAGUCACACUGGAGGUGACCGUCACAGAAGCGUUAAUUACGCACGUAGACAGUACAGCCGUACUUGUGAGCCUCGCCAGAGAAAUGGAGAUGGAGCAUUUCGACGAGCGGGACAAAGGUCAGAGGCACGGCCGGUCCAGUGCGAAAUUGAACGGGGUGCCGAGCCCCACGCACAGCGCCCACUGCAGCCUGUACCGGACCCGGACCCUGAAGACUCUUACCACGGAGAGGAGAGCCAAGAAGGUCCGAUUCUACCGCAACGGAGACCGGUACUUCAACGGGAUAGUUUACGCCAUCUCCCCAGACCGGUUCCGGACCUUUGACGCCCUGCUGGCGGACAUGACCCGCUCCCUGUCCGACAACGUCAACCUGCCGCAGGGCGUCCGCACCAUCUACACCCUGGAUGGUUGCAAGAGGAUCUCCAAUAUUGAGCAGCUGGUAGAAGGUGAAAGCUAUGUGUGCAGCUCCAUCGAAGCUUACAAAAAGUUGGAUUACACAAAAAACGUGAACCCCAACUGGUCGGUGAAUGUCAAGGCCUCGGCUGCAUCCUCCCGCGGGCCCCCCUCCCUGGGCAGCGCCAAGGCUGGGGCUCCAGAGAGUCGUGAAACCAAGGACUUCAUACGUCCGAAGCUAGUGUCCGUAGUUCGGAGCGGAGUGAAGCCCCGCAAAACUGUGAGGAUCCUGCUGAACAAGAAGACGGCCCAUUCCUACGAACAAGUCCUGACCGAUAUUACUGAUGCCAUCAAGCUCGACUCCGGCGUGGUGAAGAAGAUCUACACGCUGGAGGGGAAACUGGUGACGUGUUUGCAAGACUUCUUUGGCGAUGAGGACGUUUUUGUUGCCUGUGGACCGGAGAAGUAUCGCUACCAAGAGGACUUGAUGUUGGAUGAAAGUGAGUGUCGUGUGAUGAAGACUGUGACCUAUGGGAAGAUGUCUGCCACUCUGAACCGAGACUCCCCCAAGCUCGCCGUCCAAACACGGCGCAGCAAGUCCCCUGCAUCCCUGAACGGGACGCCGGCCAGUCAGCUGUCCACUCCUCAUUCGGGAAAAUCUCCCAGCCCCUCCCCGCCCAGCCCGGGCAGCCUCAACCAACGCAUGGGGUCCCAGGGUUCUUCCAGCUCUCUGUCUUCCACUAAAGUGUCCAGCUCGGUAGAAGACGGAGAUGGACCUGUUACUGACGCUGAGGUUUUAGUCGACGAGGUUCCAGCUGUGCCGUCCUACAUAUCGGACCGCUACAAGGUGGGACGCACGUUAGGAGAUGGGAACUUUGCAGUGGUCCGGGAAUGUGUGGAGCACACUACAGGACGGGAGUACGCUCUGAAGAUCAUCAACAAGGGCAAAUGCAGAGGAAAGGAGCACAUGAUCCAGAAUGAGGUGGCCAUCCUGCGCAGGGUCAAACAUCCAAACGUCGUCCUGCUCAUAGAGGAGGUGGACACUUACAGCGAGCUCUAUCUGGUCAUGGAGCUGGUCAAGGGGGGGGAUCUGUUCGAUGCCAUCACCUCCGCCAACAGGUACACAGAGAGAGACGCCAGCGGCAUGCUCUACAAUCUGGCCAACGCCAUCAAAUACCUCCACAGCCUCAACAUUGUGCACAGAGACAUCAAACCAGAGAACCUGCUGGUGUAUGAGCAUGGAGACGGCAGCAAAAGCCUGAAACUGGGAGACUUUGGUUUGGCGACUGUGUUGGACGGACCUCUCUACACUGUUUGCGGGACCCCGACAUAUGUAGCACCAGAAAUCAUUGCAGAAACAGGGUAUGGCCUUAAGGUGGACAUCUGGGCAGCUGGAGUCAUCACCUACAUCCUGCUGUGUGGUUUCCCCCCCUUCAGAGGGAGCAGUGACGAUCAGGAAGUGCUUUUCGAUCAGAUCCUAAUGGGACAGCUAGAAUUUCCUCUGCCGUACUGGGACAACGUGUCAGAGACAGCAAUGGAGCUGAUUCGAUCCAUGCUGGAGGUGGAGGUGGAUCAGAGAUACACUGCCCUCCAGGUGCUCGAGCACCCUUGGGUCACUGAUGAGGGUCUUUGUGAGAACGAUCAUCAGUUGUCAGUAGCAGGGAAGAUAAAAAAGCACUUCAACACCAAUCCCAAGAGCAACGACACCACUGCAGGAGUGUCCGUCAUUUCUGCCACCCCUCUUGAUAAGGAGGGGCAGAUUCUCCGACGAGGACGCCACCAGGAUGUGAAGCUCGUGUCUUUGCAGAUGAUACCGACGGUGACAACAGUAAGAACAUCAACAACGAAAUCUCUACGGGCGGAUCCUCCCAGUUGCCUCCCCGGCCGGCCCAUGGCCCCUCCCUCUCUGACCCCUGACCCUUCCCCGAGCCCCAGCCUCCCUUCUGACUCUGAUGACAUCUCCAUCAGCUCAGCCAGCACCGCCUGCUCGCCCUUCUAGAGAGGAUGAGGAGGAGGAGGAGGAGGAGGAGGAAGAGGAAGAAGCGAGAAGGACAAAUCCUCGUCCAGCUCCUCCCUCUAUAUGGAGGAGGAGGAAGAGGAGACGUCAGCUUUCUCUUAUCUAAGGCUGGGGGUGAACAAGGGGAAACUGUGGAGGGAUCAAAAACAACACAUUUAGAGAACAGCUUUUUGCUCACCUGAAUCCAUCUUUCCAAACCUUGAGGAGAGAUUGAUCAAAGGGUGGAAAGAUAGGGUAGUUUGGGAGAAAGACUUAAGAGGCAACAAGAAACAGGAGGAAGAUGGAAAGAAAUGAAAAACUUGUAUUUAUUUAUUUUCAACGUUCUCUCAUCCGAGCACAUGUCGCAGAGCUCGAGGAGCGAGAAAGGGCGUUGACCUUUCAGUGAUGAUCUGGCCUCGACAUGGAAACUUCAUUAUGGUGGAGCUGCUCGACAAGGCAAUAUGAGAAUAUGGACCAAUGUUCAUGUUUUAUUGAACCUUAUUUAUUCAUUCUUUAUUCACUGCAUUUUUAUAUGUAUUUCCCUUUUGCAUAAAGGAUACCUUUUUGUUGACUAGGGGGAACGGAAAUAAUAGGAAAGUGUUAGAAGUAGAGCUCAGAAAUGCUGAAGUAGGCUAACGUAGACUAAUGUUGGAAUAUGAGCGCUACACUGUGUAGAGGAAGGAGUUGUUUUCUUACAAAUGUGUUAAAUAUAGUGUUCGUAGAAAAAGAUAAAUGACUGAUCAUAUUCAGUGCUAUAAUUCUGUGCUCCACACAGUAUUGGCGUUGCCUUCCUGUAAUGUUGGAUUGUAGUAUUACAGUUUACAUUUUACACAGACUGCUAUUAAGAAAAUAAUGGUGCAUUUGAUCCCUUCUUGUAAUUUUGUUAACUGCUUUGUUCGAUAUAUUGAUACACAAAAUUCAGCAGCAUUCUGGUGCUUGUGUAGCAAACUCAAUAUGUUUUCCUCAAUGCUCACAGAUUCACAAUCAUUCUGAAUUGAUAUCAUAUUAAUCUUGAUAUUUUGUCAUUUUCAUGUACACAUAUAAAGCCUUGUUUACAUUUUUUCUCUAACAAAGGCAUAUUUCAUCCACAUUUUCCAGCAGUAAUGAAAGGUAUAAUUGUUUCAGCCUAUGUGUACCAUUUGAAUGGGUUUGGAGGAGUGUUUUGUGGUAAAUGUAUACAAUUAGCCGUUUAUGAGGGUUGCCUAUUUGCACAAAGUACUGCAGUCAAGGUGCAGUCAAACAGAAAGACGGUUUGGAUGUCUGAGAACCAGCAAUUCUGGAAAGCAGUGAAGUUAAAGGAUGGUGGAGGAUUUAUUUAGCUCUGUAAAACCUCAUUCAUGGCUUCAUUUAUUUAGAUGAAAGCAUGACAGACAUAGUAGCCUAUUCUUAUCAAAAGAAUUCCGUUUCGUGAAGAAGUAUUGUUUAUAGGUUAUGUAAAUAACACAAUUUCAUUUAUUUUGAUAGUUCACAAUACAGUAUAUUUCUUUACUAGCAGUAAGUCUAUAAAAAAAACAUUCAUGUGUCAGCGAAGAAAAAAACCAACAAAGCGGAGAUCAUGAUGAUGAAAUGGCACAGUACAGUUGAGUUAAAAAAGACCAUUUCAACUUGAAGUUGUAGCGCCUGGAUGGAUCUACGCAGACACAUCUAGAGAAGACAGCCAUCUUUGCUUCCUGUCAGACACUGGGAAUGAUGUCACUUCCUUUGCAAAAGCAACUGAUAAAGGAAUUUCCAGUAACUGAUGUGAGAUAACAGAAAGGAGAAGCCAGAGGGGUGAGAGAAGUUACUUUAAACUUGUUUUUUUACUUAAUUGUUUUUGACUUUUUACAGCUGAUCUCACUGCAGUCGUCACACUUGUCUGUUUCUGUGUUUAUAAUCUCAUCAUCACAUAUACAGUAAUGUGCCGGCAUAUUGACCAGAUCAGUAUACAUUUGUUGUGCUGUUGGAAUCAAGCACAUGGGCACAUGUGGUUUACCAAAGUACUCUCACUGCUGCACCACAGUAUUACAAUCUGUUGCAAUACCAAUACCUGUACCUCUGUUCAACAAUGGUCUACCAAUAGUAAUAGUAAUAAUUAAAAUAUGUUUCAAAAA